AUGAAGCUUUCCAGUGGUUUUUACGUGACAUUGGCAUUAUCAGUACUUCUGGGCAUUGCUGAUGCAUCUAAAGGUGAUGAUCUUCCUGAAUUCAGACAAUGUUUAGAGACAUGUGUUAUUUCAACCUGUAAUAGCGACGGUAUUUACAAAGGAACUGUUUAUGACACUUACAGUAAACAUAGGUUUGAUAAAAUGCCUUUGCCAUUGCACCUAUCCAUACUCGGAUGGAACUGCGAAAAUAAUUGUGAUUACCAAUGUCAAAGAAUAAUAACCUCUGAAAGAGAAGCAAAUGGACUGCCAGUGUAUCAAUUCCAUGGGAAGUGGCCGUUUCUUAGAGUCUUUGGGAUCCAGGAACUUUUUAGCACACUAUUCAGUAUUGGUAAUUUUAUCCCCAAUUACUGGGGGUUCAAUACCAUUUGGAGACAGUAUACCCAUGAAAGAAAAUUGGGCAAUCAUGAGUUUUGUAACUUAUAUUGGGCGUAUAUUUUGGUAUCUGUUAUCUCUAUGUGCGCUUGGUUCUUCUCCUCUGUCUUUCAUCUGAAAGAUACGUGGGAUAGAGAAAGAUUGGAUUAUUUUUUUGCCGGAAUGACUGUUUUGACUGGGUUUUAUGCGGUGAAUGUCAGGUUCUUCCACUUGUACAGACAUGAAAACAGCAAAAAAAGGAAAUUUUUGGCUCUUACAUGUAUCUUCAUGUACGUUUGCCACGUUUCUUAUUUGUUACAUGUGUGGUCUUAUACUUACAAUAUGAAGGCAAAUGUGGUAAUUGGAUUACUGCAAAACUUUUUGUGGGUAGCUCUUUCAAUCACGCAAUUCAACAAAAUAAAAAAAGAACAACUCUCACUCCUUGAGAACCUCAAACAAAGCGAUGUUAAUUGGACUCUAACACCUUUGCUUCUUGUUUUAAGUGUUUCCUGUGGUAUGUCAUUUGAACUGUUCGAUUUUCCUCCUAAGUUUGAUUUGCUAGAUGCACAUGCAAUGUGGCACUUCGCUACAAUUUGGCCAACAAUGUAUUGGUUUCCUUACAUGGUGAAAGACACCGAAGGUCUCAAAACACGUAAAUUUGAUUAA